AUGCAGAGAGUUAUCCAGCGGACAGCUACGGCCCGGAAGCAGGCUCUCAAAAAAACUCACAAAGCUCAUGAACGACAGGAAUUGUUAGACCGUGUUGGGAUUCGGCGGGCGCGGAAGGACUUCGGCGGCGCGCUGUCUGGUCAAUUCCAAGAAGCACGAAAGAACCGCUGGGAAGAUUGGGAAAAGGGGCCUCUUGCCCCCAUGCGAGACUCUGGUCUACAACGUACUACAUAUGGUGGUCAGGAUGCCUCUGUUUUGCACCCACCGCGUCUUCCUAAGCACGAACAACGGAGGCAUGUCCUCUUCGCCGAAGGUGACCGGGUCUGCGUUAUCCGAGGACGGGAUCAGGGAAAGAUCAAUGUGAUUCAGCAGGUCAACCGGGAGAGUGAGACUGUCCUCAUCAAGGGUAUCAACGUGGCCGACGUGAUCAUUCCCGAAUGGGCCAAAGACAGAAUGGGACAAGCAGGUGAUACCCAACCACAGUCCUUCCCCGUGUCUAUGGACGACAUCCGACACGUCAUUCCGCUGGAAGACACACAGACUGGAAAGAUGCAGAACGUCAUUGUUCAGCACGCUUAUGCCGCUGGGCCGUACACCGAGCGACCCGAACACAGCAAGCUCCCAAGGUUUACUCGCUAUAUCUCCGGCCUGGACGUCGAAAUCCCUUGGCCGUUGGAGGAAGAGCCUGUCGUCACCGACGGUGACAUGGACACAACGCGAAUGGCGGUUGAAGCCAGCACAUUCAUACCUACACUGGAGCACCCGCCUAUGCCCUCAACCGUCAUUGAUGAGCUGCGCAACAAAUACUCCAGAUUCCGCACUCGACACGAUCCGGAAUACCUGAGAGAGAAGAUGAAGGAGGACUAUCACAAGGAAUACAGAAAAACCGUCUCUAUGAUGACACCGCAGACAGAUGUCAAGAACUUGAAGAUUGCUAAAAUUGCGGAAGCGAGGAAGGCGAAGUUGGAUGCCAACGGGAAUGGGAUAUUGACACCGGCUGCUAUUGACUUCAUUAACAAGCAUCUCCAAAACGCGCAUCUCCAGAAGCCAACAAAGACAAAGAAGUCAAAGUCCAAGCAGGCUGCUUGA